UUGAGUUACUCGGGAAGCUGGAUACCGGUUUGAAGUUAAGGGAUUAUCUUGGUAAGCAUGUCCUCUUCUCUCAGACUGCUAUGUGGUUAUUGAUGGUAUAUAUUGUAACAAUAGAAAAGUAACGAUACAAAUGAUGUAGUUAUCAGGAAAAAAGGCAUUUAAAUGAGUUAAGACUGUAAACUUAUUGCACAUAAUGUCCUGUUUUCUUCCUUACAUCUUCUCAUGAUUGUUGAUUUUUUUUUUAUUUUUUAUUUUGUAGCGAUCGGAGCUAUAUUUUCAGCGACGGACUCUGUUUGCACGUUACAGGUAAGCAGGUUUUCUCCUAAAACUGCAAUUGAAAUUGCAAGACAAGGGAAACUGAAGGUUUUGAGGUUAUUUUUGCAGGUGCUUAAUCAGGACGAGACACCUCUUCUCUACAGCCUCGUCUUUGGAGAAGGUGUUGUAAAUGAUGCUACAUCAGUGGUACUUUUUAAUGCAAUCCAGAAAUUCGACCUCUCAAACAUCAACUCACGAGUGGCCUUAUCGUUCACUUCAAAUUUUCUAUACCUAUUUUCUGCAAGCACUGUGCUGGGAGUGCUUGUUGGGUUGCUAAGUGCUUAUAUAAUCAAAAAGAUAUACGAUGGAAAGAACUCAACCGAUCGUGAAGUUGCUCUCAUGAUUCUCAUGGCUUACCUUUCGUAUGUUAUGGCAGAACUGUUUGAUUUAAGUGGAAUUCUUACAGUAUUUCUCUGUGGGAUUGUCAUGUCACACUAUACCUGGCAUAAUGUGACCGAUGAUUCUAAAGUGACAACAAGGCAUGCUUUUGCAACAAUGUCAUUUAUUGCGGAGACUUUCAUUUUCCUUUAUGUUGGAAUGGAUGCUUUAGAUAUCGAGAAAUGGAGAUUUGUUAGCCACAACAGUCCUGGAAAAUCUGUAGCAGUGAGUUCUGUGGUACUUGCCCUGGUUAUGGUUGGACGAGCGUGCUUUGUGAUUCCUUUAUCCAUGUUAUCCAAUUGGUGGACAUCUAAGCAUGACAAGAUUGGCUGCAAGCACAUGGUUACAAUAUGGUGGGCUGGUCUGAUGCGAGGAGCUGUCUCCAUGGCUUUGGCUUAUAAUCAGUUUACAAGAUCUGGCCAGAAACACUUGAUGGGAAAUGCAGUCAUGAUCACUAGCACAAUUGCAAUUGUCCUCUUCAGUACAAUGGUGUUUGGGCUGCUAACAAAGCCUCUCAUAAGGUACUUGCUACCUCCGUCACAACAUUUCAACAGCAUGAGUUCUUCCGAAUUCUCCUUCAUGCUACCACUUCUCAAUGGGAUAGAAGAUGAUGAAGGUGAUGUUCCUCGAAUAACAAGUUUGACAUUGUUACUGAAAAGACCCGCACAAGCCAUUAUGUAUUUUUGGACAAAGUUUGAUGAUGCUUUUAUGCGCCGCGUGUUUGGAGGGAGGGAUUCCAUGCCAGACACACCAGUAUUAUCGAAUGAAGGAAGUGAUCGCGAUUCAGAAUUUGAAAGUUGUCUUAAUAUAUGUCUCGAGUAGAAAAUAGGUUUCUAGGAUAGCCAAUUUUCCUAGCAAGUGUCAACCUUAACCAGGAGCUAUUUGCUAGUAUGCUUUCUUUCUGUAUAUCUUCAUGAAAUACACUAAGCUUAACUGCUUGUAAAUUGUUCAGUGAUUAAUCUGUAAUUAUUGAUG